AUGAGGCAACGUUACAGUCAACUGUGUCGUCUGAUAGACUACAAACAUACAGCGCCUCACAACCAUCUCAACCAGCAACACAUAUAUAUGGAAUCGUCGAAAGGCAGUCAAGUUAUACUUGCAACGGCUAUGAUACUCGUCAAAGACUCCACAGGUGCAUACAGGCUUGGCAGAGCCUUACUUGAUUCGUGCUCGCAAGUGAAUUUCAUCACUGACGACUUCGCUCAAAAACUUCGCCUCCGUCGUGAGAAAUAUCACAUUGGGAUCUGUAGCAUUGGUGAAUCCCAAACUAACCUUAAAGCGCGCACAACUACUACCAUCACGUCGCGCACUUCAUCGCUUACACUUUCGUUGCAGUUUGGUAACACGUCGCAUAUCGCAUAUCAACCGAACUCUGAAAUCGACACAUCAACUUGGAAUUUACCUGCCAAUACAAAAUUGGCAGAGGAACAAUUUUUAAAACCUCGACGCAUCGAUUUGUUGCUUGGCACAGAAGCAUUCUUCGACGCGCUUGCUGUGGGCCAAAUCCGACUAGGACCCAAUUUGCCUACUCUCCAGAAAACACUUUUAGGUUGGGUCGUCUCCGGCAAAUACAGUCAUAAACUUCAUUCAGUACCUCUGUCCUAUCUAUUGUCUAAUGAAAGCUCUAUCGACGAACACCUGCAACGCUUAUGGAAGUUGGACACUAUUGAAAGGUCAGCGAAACCGAUGCUACCCGAACAUCGCAUUUGUGAAGACCACUUCGCAGCUACGGUACAACAAGAUAUCACCGGACGCAUAGUCGUGAGCCUGCCAUUCAGAGACAGCCCGGACACUUUAGGAAACUCGUUUGACAUCGCCCGGCGUCGAUUUCUUACCAUGGAAAGACGUCUUUUGAAUUCGCCCGAGAUUCGCGCGCAAUAUGUCUCAUUUAUGGAAGAAUAUGAAGGUCUUGGCCAUGUGUCCGUCGUUACAUCACCAGACUUGACCACUUCUACAUUCCACAUCAUUAUGUGCUUAAGCCCAGAAGCGUAUCAACGAAACUACGAGUUGUGUUUGAUGCCUAUAAUCGCACAACAACGCAAACGUCGCUAA